UAGGCAUCACGACAUGAGAAGACAAACUGUUUAUUGAUGCAUCAGUCUGUUUGAAUACAUUGCGCAUCGUGUGCCGACACUUUCAUGCAACAGACCUGACGCUGUGAGCUGAGAAAUGUAAAAACAGCUGUGUCUGUGAUCAGGGUUGAAAGAAGGAUUGCAAAGAGAGAGUGCUGAACUUGGAAGUAAAAAUUGAGAUCCUGCCUUUCUGUGGACAUUUUGUGGAAAAUCUAGCUGUAUGUGGCAUGGAGUUCCUGAGCAGCAAACUAGAUGAUAAUCGAACUGUGAACUUCAUGUGCCGGUUGGGACAGCAAUGAUAUGGGAUUUGUGGGUCGCUCUGGAGACGGUCGAGUACGGCUACAGCGGAUCAGUUCUCCCGGUCCUUCCCCACCUCUCAGUGAGCGCUCCGACUGAAGCAAACAGGAUUCAAGUCCACUGAGAAACUUUUGAGAAGUGCUUUUAACUUUGCGUUUUCAAGCAAAUUGUUUUAAUUGUGCACAUUUUGAGGACUGUGCUCUUCAGGUGAGGUUUUUUGUGAAAGCUCUUCAGUCACAAUGCAGGUUUCAUUUGUGUGCACGGACCAUCGGUCCAUGAGCCGUAGCACGGACGAUAGACUCAAUCGACAAAACGCCAACAGUCCAAACACGGGCACCCGGAGCAAGUUCAAAGCCGUGGCUAUGGUGGCCCGGAGCCUCGGUCAGCUGUCCGUCCAAAGCGUGCCCACUACAAGCGACCAGAGCAUUAGAACUGGCAUGAAAUAUAGAAACCUGGGGAAGUCUGGCCUGAGAGUCUCGUGUCUUGGAUUAGGAACAUGGGUGACAUUUGGAGGACAGAUCCCAGAUGAGAUGGCUGAGCAGCUGAUGACUCUGGCGUACGAAAACGGGAUCAAUCUGUUCGACACAGCCGAGGUCUACGCUGCGGGAAAGGCGGAGCUGGUGCUGGGAAACAUCAUCAAGAAGAAAGGAUGGAGACGCUCCAGUUUUGUCAUUACAACAAAAAUAUUUUGGGGUGGAAAAGCAGAGACAGAGAGAGGACUUUCUAGAAAACACAUUAUAGAAGGUUUAAAGGCAUCAUUGGAGAGACUGCAGUUAGAAUAUGUGGAUGUAGUGUUCGCAAACAGACCAGACCCCAACACACCCAUGGAAGAGACGGUGCGGGCGAUGACCCAUGUGAUCAAUCAGGGAAUGGCCAUGUACUGGGGCACAUCACGCUGGAGUCCUAUGGAAAUAAUGGAAGCAUAUUCAGUGGCCCGUCAGUUUAACCAGAUUCCCCCGAUCUGUGAACAGUCUGAAUAUCACAUGUUCCAGAGAGAGAAAGUGGAGGUCCAGCUGCCCGAGCUCUUCCAUAAGAUCGGUGUCGGUGCGAUGACUUGGUCUCCGCUGGCCUGUGGAAUCAUCUCAGGGAAAUACGACAGCGGGGUCCCACCGUACUCCCGCGCCUCGCUGAAGGGCUACCAGUGGUUGAAGGACAAGAUUUUGAGCGAGGAGGGCCGACGCCAGCAGGCGAAGCUGAAAGAGCUGCAGGCAAUCGCUGAGCGGCUGGGCUGCACGCUGCCGCAGCUGGCCAUCGCGUGGUGCCUGAGAAAUGAGGGUGUAAGUUCUGUGCUCCUCGGAGCAUCCAACACGGACCAGCUCAUGGAGAAUAUAGGAGCAAUACAGGUUCUUCCAAAGCUGUCUUCCUCCAUCGUGCACGAGGUGGACAGUAUCCUGGGCAACAAACCCUACAGUAAAAAGGACUACCGCUCCUAGUGCGGGACAAGACAGGACCCGGGCCGCUCCGCACCUUUGCCUGAUUCUCCGUUCGCUUCAGCUUUACUGAAUGAGCACCGGCCGCAUGAGACGGGCAAGCACCCACACACCCUGGAGAGAGACUUUUACAACACAAAGGGCGAGAAAGUUCAAAACAAACAAAAGCAACAAAAAAAUAGGCAUUCAUCGGCAAAUGGGUUGAAAUGCAGGAUAGAAAGCAAUGCAUCGUGCUUACGGAUGCAUCCGUUAUACAUUUAUCUCUACAGAAAAGGUACAAGAAAAUAUAGGGUAUUUAAUAAUGUACGUUAACAAAAACAUGCUUGCUUGGUUGCCGAAGAGUUUAGUUUUUCCUCUUUGCUUUUUUUAUAUCGAAUGCAGAACAACAAAACUGGAGCUCAAGCCGAAUUUUCCCAUCAGUUGCACAUGAUUCACAGCCGCUCGCGCCCGUUUGGAUUUGCAUAUAAUGUUAAUGUCAUCCAGGCCCGGAACUCUUCACUGUGUCGUCUGCGUUACGAAUGCAUCCCUCCCCGCAGGCAAAUCGAUUUAAGCACUUUAAGACAACAUGAGAUGAGAGAACUUAUCCCAACUCUCUGGUGUUGAAAGAGGCAAAAAGUAAAUUGAGGCUUUUGGUCGUUCCACAUUGCGUCGCUUGCGUCGUUCUUAGUUUAGACUUUAGAAUUCAAACAGCUUUUUAUCCAUCCUUGCUUUGCUAACAGGGCUGUAUGAGACAUCUCGAUGUCAGAUUACUCCAUCAGGUCUUGUGGUUUUGAAGAUCUGUGGAAUUGGACAGUGAUGAGGUUUGGUCUUCCCUCUACAGAAAAUACCUGCUCCCAGCACUCACGUCUAGUGUUUCAUGUACUAAUAUCAAAACUAUCCACUUAAUAGAUUGAAUUAUCUGUAUUAAAGACGGGAUAGGAAUGCUUCUGUCAUCACUGCUUUCGUAAUGCAAAAGAUUGACAUUUUUUAGUCAAGUUCCAUCCCAACAAAAUGAAAAGAAAUCAAGAAUUGAUUUAUAAACCUUAAAGCAAUGGACACAUUUGUCCGUAAAAGGAGUAUUAAAACAUUUGCAGAGGAAAUGCAAUGCAAACAUGUUUCUUAAAGUAGGCUUCAUUAUUUUGGAGACAUUUUUUUAAAUUCAUGAUUGUAAAUAAUUUGGGGUCCAGAUGUUUCUUGAUCAGACUAAACUCAUAAAACAAACUCGUGAUUAAAAUGAGAAGAAAAGGAAAAUCUGUGCUGUUAAAUCUCGCUCUCGCCAUGAAACGGAUCUCUCGCUUGCUUCAAAAAAAGUGAAUUGAAUGCACUGUCUAUCAGUAAAAUAAUGUUUGACGUGAAAAACCUACACAAAAUAUGAAUUAUAAGUGUUGCUGGGAGUGACGUCACAGCACAACGUGAUGACUGGACAGAUGUUCCUAGCCAAUAGAAAAGCAGACUGUUUAAACUGGCCAAUAGGAGCAUAGAUGUGUUUGUGAAAGCAGCUCAGGGACUGCGGUAGAAUGUCUCCGUUCGCUUGUGUGUACGCGUGUGUAUGUGCGACAGCGUGGGCUAAAUUGUCUAACAUCUCAUUUCUGCUCACUGGACAUUUUCACAAUGUACCAGAGACGAUAUGUGUGGCUUAAGCCAAAGAUCUACCCCUCAUCCCGUCUAUAUCAUGACCCCUGUGUCCUCUGUUUUUUGCGGCAUGUAUUUGGUCUUUAAACUGUGCUUUGCCAUCUUUCCACUUCUUUGUAUAAUCACUCUGACUUGUCAUGCUCUUGGUAGCGCUAUAAAUGUAAGUGCAUAUAUACAAAUAAACAUAGCACACAUAGUACGGACGAUAAGAAGUCUUUAGAUCUUUUUCUAAAUGAAGACAAAACCAAUUCAUCAAUAAGAUAUUAUUGAAAUUGAUAAGGAGGCCGAGCUCUUUCAAACGUUCACCGACAGGUUCACAAUCGACCUGUCGCUGAUCAAGCAUGAGGUUCAUUCCGGAAGCAUGCAGUCACUCGCAUUUAGUGGACAUUUUUAAAACUGGCUAGUGCUGCUUUUUAAAUCCUCUUCAAACAGAUUUGCACAAAUGUUAAGACGAUACCUUUUGUAAAAUAUCAUUUAUGAUGAUGUUAAAAAAUUGACAUACGAUCAGACCAAGUAUUCUCAGAAUCAUGUGCUUACGGCAAUUCAUUCUUAAAAGAUUAAUGGUUUUGUGUAACGGGUUGAGUAACAGCUACAUUAUCAACCUGAACUGGUGUCCAUAGCAUCUGUGAGUUAGUGUGUCGUCUGAAGAACGUUUGGAGACACAUGAUGUUUAUUGUGUGUUAAAAAUGAUUCCAUUCGCUGAAAAACGUGCACCUUAUUUGUUUAGUUGGUUAUGUGCCGUUUGUACUGUUUUAAACUUCCCCAGCUAACAGGAAACGUUCUCUAAACAUUGUCUCAAGGUUGUCAAAGCGUUUUUGCUGCAAUGUGAAAAAAGCUUUUUAUCAUUAUUACAGUAUACAUUUAAAAAAUGUUACAUAGAUAGUGGAACGAUUAAAAGAUUAAGAAAUAUCAAUUUUAAAACUUGUUAGCUGGGUCAUGAUUCAUUCUGGGUUCAGUACAAGUGAAGCUUGGUCAAGAGACAUUACCUUGGAUAUUUUAUUUCAUAGACAAACAAAAAGUUAUAUUUCUUACACGUUACCCUAAACAUCUUGUAUUUGCAAGCUUGAAAUGAUAAAAUACUAGUGUAAUAAUAUGUAUAAUGUUUAUUUUAAUAAUGUCACAGAUGCCGUCAUUGAGCUUCACUUGUGUUGAACUCGUAACAUUUCAUUGUGUAUUAUCAUCAAAAGUGUUGAGUGUAAGAACUAAAACUAGAUUUCCAGAUUUCUGGUCAAAACUGUAGAUUUGUUGAAGACGGUCGGGUUGAGUUUAGAUCAGAUGUGAGUGAAGUGUUGAUAUUGAUGUGUCCUCAUCACUGUGUUCUUUAGAUACUAGAGCAGAGUUUCAGGAUGGAUUGCAGAAGGCGAAAUGAAAAUCAAACUGCUCGUUUCUCACAUAACACUGACAUUGAUUUACAUGUUUUCUUUUGUAAGACGGGAGAUGUCUGCUUUUCACUAAUAUUUUCAGUUUGAUUUAGUGGUUUACAUGUCAGCCUGUGUCUGGACGUAAAGUAGAUGCUUGUGGAUGAGUUCUAGCACUUCAUUUGUUUGGAGUAUGAUAAUGCCCCCAUUUAGUCGUACAAUUGCGUUACCUUUAAAAUGUAAAUGAAACUUGCUUUCAGAAGUUUGAAACAUAUGAAUCAAAUGACAGUAUUUUGUUUAUUUUGUUGAGACUUAAAGUGGCUGAGCAGGGAAACGUGGAAAUGGUGUCUGUGUUAAAUGGGUAUUAUCAGGUUGGAGAAGUAAGAUGUGUGUUGAAUGAUUCUUUUUAUGCUUUUUUUCCCAAUGAGAUUAUUUUUCACGUUUACUAUUUCACAAAGAUUAAGACAAGAAUAUGAUUUUAUUUUUUUACCAUCCUUUGUUGCCCUCUAGUGGUACUGACUGAGGUGAUGAUGAUUUCAAAGAGCAAUUAUUUGCACUGAUUAUGCAUUUUUAGAGAAUAUUCUGUGAAAUGUAUACAAUGGCAAGCUAAAAUUCCACGCUUCGUGGAGAAAUACUGUAUGUCGAGUCAGAUAUCUGUAUAUAGUUUGACCUUUAGCCUAGUAUGUUCUUUUAUUUUCACGAAAAGGCAUUUGCUCACUGCAUUGCGCUUGAAUCUGAAUUCAGAGAUGUACAGUCACAGUAUCUAUGAAAUGACAACUAUAAAACAAUGACUAUAAAAACAAA